AUUGAUUUUACCCCCAGAAAAUUGUCCUCGAGGAUUUUCGACGUUAUAUUUCGCAGAGGAGGAGGACUAAAGCUACUUGUGAUUCAUUCUGGGGGGCAGACAACAUUAUGUGACAGGACGUGGGCUUCUGUGAUCCCAAGCGCUGGUCCGCUUGUAGUUAGUGACAAGGCCCCUCUCUAUGCGAGGGCGCAGAAAAGUGCCUUAUGAAAGGAAAGUUUCAAAAUAUGAAGAAAAAGUUAAAAAUUCCCAACAUUUUAAUAUCAGCAAUAUGCAUUCUAUGGCUGGCCGUAGAUUCCGUGUCUGGAUCUUGUGCUGUGGGUGAAUUCUAUGAUAAUGCAAAUGUCACAUGUCAUACCUGUAAUUCUGGAUAUUACUGUCUCGGCGGUAGUAACGCACCAACACCAUGUGCAGCCGGGACGUAUAACAGUGGAACAGGAAGUUCGAGCAUUGGUGACUGUGUAGCAUGUGCUGCGAAUGCCAUCAGUCCGGAGGGAUCUACUUCCUGUACAGUAUGUCCGGCUGGCUUCGCCUGUUCUGCUCCAAAUACAAUGACUGCCUGUAGUUCUGGAGAGUUCUCCCUGGAUGGAGAAAUGUCCUGUACCACCUGUCCUACGGGUCACAUAUGUCCAACAACAACAGCAGCAUCUACGGAUUGUCCAGCUGGUGAGGAACCAAACGGAGGCAAGACAGCCUGUCUAGUGUGUACAUCUGGUAGUUACAGCAGUGCCUCUGAUACCUCCUGUCAGUCAUGUCCCGCAGGAAACAAAUGCCCGAACUCUCAGAUGACAGCCGCCAUUGCCUGCCCCAGUGGUACCUAUCAGACAUCCGUGGUCAGACAAUCAUGUGACAACUGUCCAGCGGGAUCAGAAUGCUCCGACCCCACUGUUGCUACCAGCUGUUUAGCUGGACAGUAUUCAGCAGCCAACUCGAUCAGCUGUACUGCAUGUUCUUCAGGUCAUUACAGUUCUUCAGGUGCUACCUCCUGUACUCAAUGUACAGCAGGAUAUUUCUGUACAUCUACCACCCAAACCCAAUGUGGAAUGUCCAAGUACAGUUCAGCUGGUGCCACUUCAUGUGACACCUGUCCUGCUGGAUACAAAUGCAGCUUAGCCACCACGUCCAGUCCUGUCCAAUGUUUAGCUGGGGAGUACUCCGCCAGUGGAGCCACUUCCUGUUCACCGUGUACCGCCGGAUAUGCCUGUCCUCUCCCAGGAACGGUCACCCCUGAGCCAUGCAGUAAUGGAACCUAUGCCCCCUCUAGUGGAGCCUCCUCCUGUACAGCAUGCCCAGCAGGCCAGAAGUGUGACAAUGUAGCUGGGGCAGCUUCUGACUGUGUACAGGGAUACUAUAGUCCUGCUGGCUCUUCUGUCUGUUAUGAAUGUGCUGAUGGAGAAUAUGCCGACAGUGUCCAGUCUGCCAACUGUACAACUUGUCCUGCAGGGUCAAAAUGUCCAAACAAAAACCAGUCCCCAGUCCAGUGUAAUGCUGGAGAGUACAGCACUGCUGGUCAGAAGUACUGUACUGCAUGUUCUGUUGGUACGUACCAGGAUACAGCUGGACAGACAAGCUGUACUGCAUGCCCUGCUGGCUCAGAAUGUCCAACUGUUUCCGCUGCGGUGUCGUGUGGGAGUGGCUACUACUCCCUUGGAGGAGACACGGCCUGUAUUCCCUGUCCAGGCGGAUACUCCUGUUCGUCUACCUCCUCGUCACCUGUAGAAUGUACAGCGGGAAACUAUGCUCGGAAUUUAAGCACCUCCUGUACCAGCUGUGAAGCCGGCUACAAGUGUCCCACCAGUGGAAUGUCAGAACCUAUUGCAUGUGCGGCCGGCUUCCAUCAGACGGCGACAGGACAACAGUCAUGUACUCAGUGUCCACAAGGAUCCAAGUGCCCUAAUCGCACAGAAAGUCCGACCCCUUGUCCAGCAGGAGAAUACCAAGAUGGCUAUGGACUAGAAACUUGUAAAUCGUGUGCUGAUGGGUACUACUAUACAGGUACCGGCGCCACACAGUGUACUAUCUGUCCAGCGGGGUCAAAGUGUCCUGACCCUACAGCUUCUCCUGUGGCCUGUGGGGAUGCAGAGUACUCGAAUGCUGGGAAUACGGUUUGCCAGAGCUGUCCAACUGGCCAUAUAUGUCCAAAUGGAGGAACGCCAGUGAUCUGCACGUCUGGACAGUAUUCCAACGGUACUGCAUGUAUCAACUGUGAAGCAGGUUUCUACUGCCCGAAUCCACUAUCAGAUCCAAUCAUUUGUCCAGAUGGUCAAUACCAGACAUUGACUGGUCAAACAUCAUGUGAUGCGUGUCCAGCUGGGCAGUCAUGUGUGGAUAAAGCAGCCUCAGCUGUCGACUGUGUAGCGGGUUACUACAGUCCUUCAGGAACAUCAACUUGUAUACUGUGUGCGAGUGGCUACUACAGUUCGGCUGUUGCAUCAUCCUGUACUCAAUGUCCAGCUGGUCAGUAUUGCUUCGACGGAUCCGUGUACGUCUCUCCAACCAAUUGUGCAGCAGGAACGUACAGUGCUUUGGGAGAGUCCACCUGCACUGCAUGCUCUCAAGGUCUCUAUAGUAAUGCAGUCGCUGCCUUAUGUUCCAAGUGCCCAGCAGGUAAAGACUGUGUUGAUCCUGCUAGCAUUGUGGACUGUAGUUCUGGAUACUACAGCUUGGAGGGAACGACCGUAGCCUGUACGCAGUGUCCAGCUGGUUAUUCGUGUGCAACAACCUCAGCAGCCCCAACACCAUGUAGUAGUGGAAGCUACUCCGCAGCUGGACAAACGUCCUGUACUCCCUGUCCGGCCGGUCAGACUUGUACCGAUCCCACUGGUUCUCCUUCAUCUUGUGGGACUGGCUACUACAGUGCUGCUGGAUCCACCUCAUGUCAGGUAUGUCCGGCAGGAUACAGCUGUACUUCCUCGGGUAAAACGGUCUGUGCUUCUGGUGAGUACAGUGCUGACCUCGAAGUCAACUGCACAGCCUGUCCUCUUGGCUACCAGUGUCCGUUUCCAUCUCUAAAGAUACAGUGUUCAGCAGGACAACAUACCGAUGGUUUGACCGGACAAACGACCUGCACAGAUUGUCCUGCAGGUUCCUACUGUUCUGACCCCGCACUUUCACCAGUUGCUUGUGGUUCUGGAGAGUAUAGUUUGGCAAAGUCCGUCACAUGUACCACAUGUCCAGCAGGAUCCAAAUGUCCAACAGCCAGUUCCUUACCCACACCAUGUGCUGCAGGAGAGUACUCUGGGAGUGGCUACACAGCUUGUAUUUCCUGUCCUGCCGGAACAUUCUGUCCAUCAACUUCAGCUGUGCUUUCAGUACCUUGUGAAAGUGGAACUUACUCGACUGGAGGACAACAUGAGUGUACCAUAUGUGCUGCAGGCUCUGAAUGUCCAGAUGUGAAUGGCACUAACAUUGCUACUUGUAGCGCGGGUACAUACGCUGUGGCCGGUUCAGCUGCCUGUGUUCCAUGUCCAGCUGGGUAUGAAUGUCCAAGCACUGAUGGAAGUCAGAAUGACAGAUGUCCGGCUGGUUUCUACUCCUUGUCUGGUGUGGACACAUGUACGCCUUGUUUGGCAGGAAAGGCUUGUCCUUCAACGGAAUCAGACUCUCUGAUAGUUGACUGUCAGGCGGGAGAGUAUGCAGUUGCUAGUUCAACAACCUGUACGAAAUGUCCGCCAGGGUAUGAAUGUCCAUCUAUCACUGCUGCCACCGAGACCAUUUGUACUGCUGGCACAUACAGCGUAGGCUCACAGAGUGCAUGUACUUCCUGUCCAGCAGGUUUUGCCUGUCCGCUCAUCUUUGCUGCUGUUGUCAACCAAUGUCCCCCUGGAUAUUACACUUUGGGUGGAGCCGAUACCUGCACCGCCUGUGAUGCUGGGAAAGAGUGUCCUGAUAAAACCAAUGCUGGAACAGCAUGCGUCAGUGGUUACUAUAGUUUAGGAGGCGCCGCAGCCUGCACCAGGUGUACCCCUGGCUAUCAGUGUUCAGAUGCAGCAGUAGACCCGGUCAUCUGUCCAGUUGGUACAUACAGUGAAGGUGGUACCACUACCUGCUCAAACUGUAACCCAGGGUAUUACUGUGGCGAAGGUAGCACCAGCUCUAAUGCUACAGAAAAUAUUUGUCCUUUGGGAUACCACUGUCUUGAUGGAGGUACACUGACCAAAUGUGCAGCCGGGACUUAUGGCGAUGUCGCAGGUCUCAAAGCUGAUACAGAGUGUAAACAAUGUUUGGCAACAUUCUACUGUCCAGAGGGCACUGCUGUGGCACCGACACUUCUUUGUCCUCCAGGUUUCUUCUGUCCAGCCGGUACAGCAGGGCAAAAGGACAAUCCUUGUCCCGCAGGCUACUACAACAAGAUUGAAGGGGCAGCGGCACAAGCGGAAUGUAAAGGCUGUCCAGAAGGAUAUUGGUGUGCAGCGGGUACCCCUGACUAUGACAUUGAAGCCCAGACCUGUCCUAGAGGCCACUAUUGCGAAGCGAUUGGGGCCACUAACCCUAUACCAUGUCCAGCUGGCAAAUACACUGAACAAGGUUCUGCUAAAAAUAUUUUGGAUUGUAAGUCCUGCCCCGCUGGUUAUUAUUGUUUGGAGGGUGGAGCCACACCAACUCCCUGUCCACCAGGUACCUUCAAUGACAAAGAAGAGCAAGUCAACAUCACUGGUUGUUCCCCGUGUACAUCUGGAAAGUCUUGUACUUUAUAUGGGCUCACUGAACCAAACUACCCGUGUUCUCCGGGAUAUUAUUGUCCGGGUGGCAAUUAUGCUCCUAAUCAGACAGAGUAUGCUUGUCCUGCAGGGACUUACACUGACCACACCAACUUGACCGCUAUAGAACAGUGUGACAAAUGUCCAGAAUCGACCUCUUGUGCUGCUGGAACUGGAGGAAAACAGAAUCCACCACAGGCAUGUGGCCAGGGGCACUAUUGUCCACUGGGGACAGGCUCACCUACAGAGACGCCGUGCGCCGCUGGUAGUUUUACCAAUCUUACGAAUCUAAAGAGUCAGGAACAGUGCUAUGUGUGUCCAAGAGGGUUCUACUGUCUUGAAGGUUCCAUCCAGCCAACGGGGGCCUGCUUCCAGGGACAUUGGUGUCCUGAUGGAACCCCAGCAGGAAAUUCAUUUCCUUGUCAUGCAGGCUCUUAUAAUAACCUUACCGGGGUGGACGCCUGGGAGAAAUGCGUGGACUGCUGGGCUGGUUACCACUGUGUCCAGGCCUCCAUACUGCCUGCUGCAUGUCCUAUAGCCACCUAUAAUCCAGAUACAAAGGGAGCGAGCCUUGCAGCAUGUCUAGCAUGUAAGGCCGGAUAUUAUUGUCCCGUAGAAUCUGUGGUAGAUCCACUUCCCUGUGAAAAGGGCAAUUAUUCUGAUACCGGUGCCUCAGCAUGUACAAGCUGUGAGCCAGGAUAUUAUUGUUCUAGCAAUGCUACGAGUAAAACUACCAUGGAAACGGACUUUAUUUGCCCUGGAGGUACUGAAUGUCCAGGAGGAAUGAGUGUAAGACCAGAUUUGUACAACCAGCCAUGCCGAAUGGGCAAUUAUUGUCCCCGCGGAGAUGUCAAUCCAUGGCCAGUCCCCUGUCCUAAUGGAACCUUCAACGGUAUUACUGGUCUGUCUCAAGUCAGCGAAUGUGAGAGUUGUACACCUGGAUACUACUGUACACCAGAGGGUUUGACUGCUGUGGCUGGAGAAUGUCCAGGUGGUUACUAUUGUCCGUUGGGUACAGGAUACAUGUACACAAACCCUUGUCCUAUUGGAUUCUAUAGGAACGGGUCUGCUAGAGAGAAGUUUGAUGACUGUGCUGAAUGUGUGUCUGGAUAUUACUGCUCUGUUGAAGGUCUAGCUACACCAACUGAUUGCCCAGCUGGGUAUUACUGUAUCACUGGUAGUACUCUCCCAUCUCCUUGUCCCCUCGGUACUUACAGCAACUCAACCAACCUUCGUAGGAGCACUGAUUGUACCCCGUGUCCUGGUGGUUACUACUGUGAUGGUAUAGGACGGACUGAACCGACGGAUGUAUGUGAUGCAGGGUUCUACUGUAAGGAAAAGGCGUAUACCUCCGCUCCACCAGAUGGGUUGACAGGAGGGGUGUGUCCCGCUGGAGGUUACUGCCCGGCUGGAUCCGCUGUGCCCACUGCCUGUCCAGUUGGACAGUACAGUAAGAGUGCGGGGGCCAAGACUUCAUACGAGUGUAUACCAUGUGAUCCGGGAUUCUAUUGUGCUGGGUCAAGUAGUACUAAUGCUUCAGAGCCGUGUGCUCCUGGAUAUUACUGUACAGGUGGGGCUGGCACACCGACACAACAUGAUACUGAUCCGGGGCACUAUACCCUGUCAGGUGCAUUUAAACAAGAGCCCUGCCCUCGAGGUCAGUAUCAGCCGGCAGUGAGGUCGUCAGCUUGUUUACUGUGUCCACAAGGAUAUUACUGCAAUGGUACAGCUACUGUUACUGAAACCCUUUGCCCUACUGGUCACUACUGUCCCCUUGGCAGUGAGUAUCCAACGCCAUGCCCUGAAGGGACGUAUCUGAAAGACACAGGACGUUACAAUGAAUCCCAUUGUACUGCCUGUACCGCUGGGCAGGCAUGUGAGAUGGUAGGGCUAUCACUACCAAAUGUUUACUGUCAGGCAGGUUUCUAUUGCGAGGAAGGCUCUAACGACUCAACUCCGGUAGCAUACCUCUGUCAACCUGGUCAUUAUUGCCUGGAAGGAACGCAAUACCCAACAGAAUACCCAUGUCCUGCUGGUACCUACACCAUAGCGUCAGGUCUUCAAGCACCAGAAAACUGUACAGACUGUCCUCCAGGUCAGUACUGUAAUGGGACAGGUCUGACGGCACCGUCUGGUCUAUGUGCUGCUGGUUUCUUCUGUAGUGGUGGUGCUUCAGUCAGCAUGCCGGAUGAUGGACAGAGAACUGGAGGGGCUUGUACACCUGGUAACUACUGCCCAGAGGGAGUAGGAACACCAAAGAAUUGUACUCCUGGGACGUACCAGAACCAGACCGGCAUGGACUUCUGUUACAACUGUACCCAAGGGUAUUACUGUGCUGAGGACGCUACCAUACAGCCAGAUUUGUGUACUGCAGGGCGCUACUGUCCGGAAGGCACAGGACUUGACAGACCUAUGUGUCCCCCUGGAACCUACAACCCAGCCCUUGGACUCAGCAUGGAAUCACAGUGUCUGCCCUGUGCUGGAGGAUUCUCCUGCUCUAGUUGGGGUGCCAUUAAUUUUGACUAUAGUCUUAAUGAUACUGGGACGGAGCCAUGCUCAGCGGGGUACUACUGCAAAUCAGGUUGUAAUGUGAGUACCCCGACCCCCGAAACAACAAGUGGUGUAGGCGGUCCCUGUCCCGUCGGCUAUUACUGCCUACAGCAGACAGAAGACCCCACGCCCUGCCCCAAUGGCACCUUCAGGGAUACUGUUAUGGCUGAGAAGGUUGCAGACUGUCAAGAUUGUAGUUUGGGACAGUACUGUGGUACGGAGGGACUCAGUAAUGUAACCGGGCCGUGUGAUGCAGGUUUCUAUUGUCUCCGUGGUAACAAUGUCCCGACGCCUUUGGGAGAUCAGCCAUCAAUUGGAGGUCCGUGUCCGAUUAGUCAUUACUGCCCUGUAGGGACUUCCAGCCCUUUGGCCUGUAACCGAGGUACAUACAACAACCUGACCGGACAGGCCGAGUGUUUCUCCUGUCCUGCUGGCUACUAUUGUCCUGACAACACCACUACGUAUGAGGACUAUCCUUGUCCUCAAGGUUACUACUGUAUGAAUGGCACAGAGUUAGGCACACAGUAUCCGUGUCCAAAGGGAACCUUCCGAAAUGUGUCAAUGGGCCAAAGUAUAAGUGACUGCUAUCCUUGUACAGCUGGUUCAUACUGUGGAGCGGAGGGUCUCAGCACGCCAAGUGGACCGUGUGAUGCUGGGUAUUUCUGUGUCCAAGGAGCGAAGACUGCUACACCAACCAAUUAUAACAAUUUCACCAGCGGAGACUGCUUGUGUCCUAGCAACUCGACAGGAGGGGAAUGUCAGCCAGGGUUCUUCUGUCCCCAAGGCUCAUCUGAGCCGACUUCCUGCACAGAAGGGUCAUAUUGUGCUACUCCAGGGUUAGCAACAGUGACAAGCUCCUGUAAGGCUGGCUAUUACUGUGGGUUAAAUGCUAUAAGAGAAGAUCCCACGGACGGUGUUACUGGUGACAUAUGUCCUAUGGGAAGAUAUUGUGAGAUUGGAAGCACAACCAACCAAGCACGCUGUCCAGCAGGAACCUUCAAUAACAUGACCAGCCUCACACAGUCGUCAGAAUGUACACCUUGUACACAGGCCUACUAUUGUGGCUCUACUGGUCUCACAGAACCUACAGGACAGUGCUUUGAAGGAUACUACUGUCCGACUGGCCAGAGCUUAGGGAAUCCAGUAACCUACACGUGUACCCCAGGUCACUACUGUCCAGUUGGGGUCUUCGAAGAGAUCAACUGUCCCUCAGGAACCUACCAGGACCAAAACGGCCAAGGCUCAUGCAAAUUCUGUGAACCAGGUUACUACUGCAAUGUGGCCAAUACUCCUGUGACAACCUACACACCUUACGAAUGUCCUAUGGGCUACUACUGCCCCAAUGCCACAGAAUUCGCCACCCAGUACGCCUGUCCUGCCGGUACCUACAACCCGUCUACCAUGCUGAUGGACAUCAGUGAAUGUACUCCCUGCGACACGGGCAAAUUCUGUGGUUCUGCAGGACUCACCAACUACACAGGCGACUGUCUGGCUGGAUACUGGUGUAUGAAUGGGUCAUCAACAGCUACACCCACUGAUGGGACAACAGGUCAGGCAUGUCCUAUAGGAAACUACUGCCCACAGGGAACUCCAGUGCCUGAGCCCUGCCCUCUGGGAACAUGGUCUUUCAGUACCGGAUUGGCUACAUCUGGAGAAUGCCAGGACUGUUCUGGGGGUUACUACUGUAAUGGUACAGGUCUGACCACUCCAUCUGGGUCAUGUGAUCCUGGUUACUACUGCUCCCGUAAGGCAGUGACCCCUACGCCAACUGAUGGUGGAACAACUGGCGAUCCCUGCACCAUUGGGCACUACUGUCCAGGAACCACCACCUCACCACUCCCCUGCCCAGAUGGAACAUAUAUGACCAACACUGGGGCAGAUGCAUGUUGGAACUGUACAGCGGGAUACUACUGUAUAACGGGCCUGACCCCUGACCCCUGCCCACCUGGGUAUUAUUGUCCCGAGGGGACUGGGGUGCUGUGGCAGUCCUGUCCACCUGGAACCUACAGCAUGGCUACUGGACUGUGGGAUGUGGACAAUUGUACACAGUGUACCGCUGGUAUGUACUGUGACACUGCUAAUGCUACGUCUGUCACUGGGCCCUGUAAUCCUGGGUAUUACUGUACUCUAGGGUCAGACUCGGCGACACCAGACGUUGGUAACACUGGCACCGCAGGGCCCUGUCCUGCUGGUCAUUACUGUACAAGUGGAACAGUGACUCCAGAUAGAUGUCCCAAUGGAACCUAUAGUAACCAGACCAAGCUUACUCUUGCAUCAGAGUGUACCCAGUGUGCCUAUGGUAAAUAUUGUGGAACUGAAGGCCUCACAGAGCCCACCGGGGACUGCUGGGGAGGCUUCUUCUGUCUACAAGGGGCUUCCUCACCAAACAACCCAGUCACUGACGCCACAAGUGGACCGUGCCCUGUCGGUCACUACUGCCCGAACGGAACAUCAUAUCCACUAGGCUGUCCAGCCGGAUCCUACAACCCAAGUACUGGAGAGGCUUCAUGUACUGACUGUCCUGCAGGAUUUUACUGUCCAGAAAAUUCCACAGAUUACUCCGGAAAUGUCUGUCCUUUGGGGCACUACUGUCCGGUGGGAACAGGUAGUAUGUAUCAAUAUCCGUGUGACAAGGGCUACUACAAUGGAGUGACAGGCAAACACAGUGUUGCAGACUGCUUGCCAUGUGAUCCAGGCAAAUAUUGCGGCACUACUGGUUUGUCCACAACUUCAGGGGACUGUGCAGGUGGGUGGUAUUGUAUACGUGGAGCAUGGUCGAACCAACCAACAGAUAUUGCUGUCUACAAUGCCACCUACUCUGACUGCUUCUGUCCAUCAAACACUACUGGCGGUCAGUGUCAGCCUGGAGAAUUCUGUCCGACAGGUUCCAGUCAACCCACACCUUGUACUACAGGUAAAUACUGUGAUGUGGUCGGUCUGUCAACUGAAGCGGGACCGUGUAGGGCUGGCUACUACUGUACUCUGGGAGCGAACCGUGAAGAUCCCCAGAAUGACACCACAGGUGGUAUAUGUCCCACUGGACACUACUGUACCUUAGGUACAGGUACACCAGAACCAUGUCCAUCAGGAACCUUCUCCAACACCCUGGGCAACACUGCCUCCUCCGACUGUCAGCCCUGUACCCUCGGUUGGUACUGUGAUAAUUCUGGGCUGUCAGCACCAACAGGGCAGUGUUCUGCUGGUUAUUACUGUCCAGCAGGCCAGAAUGUUAGCAGUCCGGCUGACUAUAUCUGUACGCCAGGACAUUUCUGUGAGGUUGGAAGUGCCAUGCUUACCUCGUGUGCUUCUGGGACUUAUCAGAACGAAUUUGGACAGAGUGUGUGUAAAGAGUGCCCAGAAGGUUACUUCUGUGACGGUUCAACACAAAACGACACAUUCUGCUCUACUGGUGUCCAGAAUCCGGCCAUUUGUGAACCAGGCAACUUCUGUCCCAAUGGUACAAAAUAUGCUACAGAAUACAAAUGUCCAAAUGGAACCUACUCCAACAGCUCAGGUCUCAAGUCAUCAGCGGAGUGUACCCCGUGUCCAGGAGGAAAGUACUGCGGAAUUGAAGGACUGGCGGCUCCAUCUGGUGACUGCCAAGGAGGGUACUUUUGUACAGGAGGGGCGGAGACACCUACCCCAGUAGAUGGUGUGACUGGUAACAUUUGUAAUGCAGGCCAAUACUGUCAGCCAGGUGUGGCCUUGGGAACCAAUUGUCCAGCUGGCACCUAUGGUCCAACUCAAGGUAUUGUAUACGAGUCCGAUUGUACAGGCUGUGACCCAGGAAAAUAUUGUCAAAUAGAUGGACUGACUGCCCCAUCUGGUAACUGUACAGCUGGUUAUUACUGUACCAUGAAUGCAUCCUCAUCCACACCUACUGACUCCACUGGAAAUGUUUGUCCAGUCCGCCAUUACUGUCCAGAAGGAACAGCUGUCCCCAUGCAGUGUGUUGCUGGUACUUUUACCCAGGUCACUCAAACUGUGGCCUGCUCAUCCUGUACCGCUGGGUACUACUGCGAACCAGGAUUUGAUCCCCAACCCUGCCCCCAGGGAUUCUACUGCCCUGCAGGGACAGGACUGGUAUGGGAGACUUGCCCAGCUGGAACGUUUGGUGGCUCCACCAUGCUGUCCAAUCUGACUGAGUGCACACAGUGUACAGGAGGUUUUUACUGUGACACAACCAAUCUGACUGCCCCUACAGCGCAAUGUAGUGCAGGCUAUUACUGCCGAAGUGGUUCCAACUCUGCCACGCCAAGUGCCUUUUCCACUGGGGAUGCCGGUCCCUGUCCCUUGGGUCACUAUUGUGUGGCUCAGACUCAAGAACCUGUUCAAUGUCCUGCUGGGACCUUCAACAACAACACGCUAUUGACAGCGGAGUCUGAAUGUCAGCAAUGUAGCCCUGGUUCCUACUGUGACAUCCCUGGUUUGACCUUCCCCUCUGGACUGUGUAACGCUGGAUUCUACUGUGUCCUGGGCUCCAACUCCUCCAGUCCCUCAGCUGUCUCAGCCACUGGAGGGCCUUGUCCCUCAGGCUCAUAUUGCCCCGAGGGAGCCAGUCUGCCUAUUCAGUGUGAUGCUGGAACCUAUACUGACCAUGAACAACAGUCUAACUGUACAGUGUGUCCAGCUGGCUUCCACUGCACCACUGGAAGUUCCAACACAACAGAAUGUCCAGCUGGCUACUAUUGCCCAGAAGGGACCCAGUUCUCAUCACAGUACCCAUGCUCCAAUGGUACUUAUAACAGUUUCACUGGUUCCCAUAACGUCACCUCGUGCUAUGUUUGUCCAGCUGGAUCCUACUGCCCCAACCAGGGCCUUCCUGCCCCAGCAGGGCUUUGUAUGGGAGGCUACUAUUGCCUUCCUGGAUCCUGGGAUGCCUCGCCCUCUGACCCCAACAUUGGAGGGAAGUGUGCUGCUGGGACGUUCUGUCCUGAAGGAUCUGAUGCCCCUAUACCAUGUACAGGAGGAUAUUACUGUGGUACCGAUGGCCUAGCUAACUAUACCGGAGAAUGUACUGCUGGGCACUUCUGUAAUGGUAGCUCCACCCUGUCAAAUCCAGUCAAUGAAACAUUUGGUGACAUCUGUCCAAAGGGCCACUACUGUCCCACCGCUAGCCCAUAUGCUAUUGCUUGUGACCCAGGCACAUUCAAUGAUAUGUUUGGGGCUCACAAUAUAUCCAGUUGUCUACCUUGCACAGCUGGGAUGUACUGUACAGGAAAUGGAAGAGAUCUACCUAACGGUUACUGUGACGUUGGCUGGUUCUGCCCCGAGGGAAUGACUCUUGCACAACCAAUAGGUAACAAGUGCUUGGCUGGACACAGUUGUCCACAGGGUAGUGCAACCCAGACACCUUGUCCAUCAGGAUCCUACCAGCCUCUUGAGGAGCGUGGCGAGUGUAUUGAUUGUGCUGCAGGGAUGUACUGUGACAUGACAGAGGCGAUCAGUGAACAGCAGAGUGGUAUUGCUGCUCCGUCCCAUGGCGUGGUGACUCCCAAAGUUUGUCCGGCUGGGUUCUAUUGUCCAAAUGGUACAAUGACUGAUAGAGAAAAUCCAUGCCCAAUUGGGACAUUUAGCAACACCACUGGCCUGGAAUGUAUUGCCGAGUGUAACGACUGUCCACCAGGUUUGUACUGCGAGAAUCAGAACAUGACCGAACCAUCAGGAAAGUGCCACGCUGGGUAUUAUUGUGUCCUCAAAUCCAGUACGCCGAGUCCAUCUGACAACAUAACUGGCAACGUCUGUCCACAGGGAACGUAUUGUGAGGAAGGCUGGUCCAGCCCCACACCCUGUCCGAGUGGUACCUAUGGACACAGAAACAUGCUACCAGCACUGACCGACUGUACAGCUUGCACACCAGGACAGUACUGUGCAUCACCAGGGCUAAGUGCACCUGACGGAGCUUGUUUAGCUGGAUUUUUCUGUUCAAAUGCUUCUGAAUCGGCUAAUCCAGUUGGUCAGACAUACGGUGAUGAAUGUCCUGCUGGAUUCUAUUGCCCAACCAACAGCUAUGAACCCCUGGCCUGUCCCGCGGGUAGCUACCAGCCUAAUGUUCGUAUGAUAAACGAAUCUGCCUGUCUUAGCUGUGAACCUGGCAAGUUUUGCAACACCACAGGUGCCUCAGCAGUCGCUGGCGACUGUUCUGCAGGAUACUACUGUAUUGCGGGAGCCACUCAGGCGGAACCAACUGACGGAACCACAGGAGAUAUUUGCCCUGCAGGUUCAGCAUGCCCUGCCGGCUCUCCCACCCACAACUUCUGUCCUAAUGGUACCUACACUAACCACACUGGUGCCUCUGUCUGUUACGACUGUCCUGAAGGAUACUACUGUGUAAACCGUGAUCGAGCUGACCUUUGUUCACCUGGGUAUUACUGCCCAGCAAGGACAGGAGCUGACCUUCAAAAAUGUCCAGCUGGAACUUUCAACCCCACCUACGGCAUCUCCAAUGUGUCGCAGUGUACACAGUGUACAGGAGGAAACUACUGCCUGGUUCCUGGCCUGGCCGCUGUAAGUGGCCAGUGUUCGGCUGCAUACUACUGUGAACUUGGUGUGGACUCAGCAACACCCUCAGGUGCGAAUACGGGAUCAGGAGGACUAUGUCCUUUGGGAUUUUAUUGUCCAGCCGGUACAGAAAGACCUCUCCCUUGUAUUGCUGGUCAAUACAGUGAUAACCUUGGCCAGCUUGUGUGCUCCUCGUGUCCAGCUGGCUACUACUGUUUGGAGAACUCGACUUCCUACGCUGCCCAGCCAUGUCCGAGCGGAUAUUACUGUCCAGCCAAUACCACCGACCCUUACCAGAAUCCCUGUACAAAAGGAACCUAUAACCCAGUUAAUGGCAGCGAUGGACCUGAGGACUGUCUCGCCUGCCCACCAGGAGAAUAUUGUCAAACUGAUGGUCUCUCACAACCCACUGGAAGCUGCGCGGCAGGCUGGUACUGCCUCGGCGCCUCGGAUCAGUCCCAUCCUAACGACACACUCAUUGGUAUGCAGUGCUUAGCAGGAACAUACUGUCCUGCAGGAUCCACUGGUCCAGUGGCCUGUGACAGUGGGUCUUAUUGCAUGAAUGAUGGCCUCUCCUCUCCGAGCGGACUCUGCAGUGCAGGGUACUACUGUAACGGGAGUGACACACAACCUAAUCCUCCAAACAAAGUCUGUCCAAAGGGACAUUACUGCCCCACAGGUACCAACACCCCAUUGCCAUGUCCAGCAGGUACCAUGUCCGACUCGGAGGGCAACACCAAUCUGACAAACUGUGAUCUUUGUCCUGAUGGGUUUUUCUGUGCUGGCACAGGAAACACUAACUAUACAGGUGAAUGUGCCCCCAUGUACUACUGUCCUGCUGGUCAACAAUCUGCCACACCACCAGAAUUCAACUGUACCAUUGGUCACUACUGCCCUGGAGGAACUGGUCAGCCAGUGGCUUGUGCCGCUGGGUAUUACCAGGACGAAACCAACACGGCCAACUGCAAGAGCUGUCCGCAGGGAAAAUACUGUGACCCACUGGAAGCUGCUGCCUGUUGUGGUAUGAAUAGUACAGGUGUGGUCACCCCAGCUGAAUGUCCAACUGGUCACUAUUGUCUCAACAACACGGUCAGUGCCCAGACGUACCCUUGUCCUGUCGGAACCUUUAGUAACACCACUGGACUAGAGGAUACCACACAGUGUCUGACCUGUAGUCCUGGAUUCUUCUGCGAUGCUCUUGGUUUGACUGAGCCCACUGGACCGUGUAAUGCUGGAUUUGUGUGUGUGUCUGGAGCCACAGUGGCCGGACCUACUGAUGGUACGACAGGCUACGAAUGCCAGGUCGGAGACUACUGCCCUACAGGGUCAGGCCAGGGUACCCAGUGUCCACAAGGGACGUAUAGUAACACGACUGGCCUCCAAAACGUAUCCUCCUGUACUCCAUGUACUCCAGGAAUGUACUGUGCAGCAGAAGGUUUGGUAGCUCCUACUGGCCAGUGUUCAGCUGGAUUCUACUGUACCUUGGGAGCCAUAUCUCAGAACCCAACUGGAGAAUCUUACGGUGACACCUGUACAUCCGGUCACUACUGUCCGGUGGGUACUGGCACUCCCCUGCCCUGCCCUACAGGAACCUACCUACCCGACACUGGCAGAACCUCCAUCUCAGACUGCUUAGACUGUGCUCCUGGAAAAUACUGUGACACAGAAGGACAGAUGAACUACACAGGUGAUUGUGACCAAGGUUACUACUGUGACCGUGCCGCCAAUAGUAGUUCCCCCACAGAUGGCACUACCGGUGACGUGUGCCCUGCUGGAUUCUACUGCCCCACAGGAACAGCUAGUCCCGUCCCUUGUGCCGAUGGCACUUACAUGAACCACACUUUGGCUAGCACUUGUGAUCCGUGCCCUGCCCGUUACUACUGUGUCAACAAGGUACAAGCUGAUCCAUGUCCUGUGGGACGAUAUUGCCCGGCCAAUACUGGGUUUAACAUGAUGCUAUGUCCUGCUGGAACCUACAACCCGUCGGAGAUGUUGAUGCAGGAGGAUGAGUGUACUCAAUGUGAUGGGGGAUGGUACUGUGAUAACCCAGGACAGUACAACAAAACUGGCCCCUGUGCUGCCGGCUACUACUGCCAGUCUGGGGUCAACACUGCCUCACCUAGUAAUAAUAACACAGGAUUCGGAGGCGGCUGUCCUGUUGGUCACUACUGCCCAAUUGGAACGACCGAACCCAUUGGAUGUGGUGCUGGCACAUAUGCCGACCUGACCCAUCAGGCCGUCUGUACUUCCUGCGUGGCUGGCUACUACUGUUCUGCCAAUUCAACCACUUACCUCGGCACACCUUGUCCAAAAGGCUCGUACUGCCCGUUGGGGACCCAGUACUCCACUCAAUAUCUGUGUCCUGCCGGUACCUAUAACAACAGGACCCUCGGGGAGAGUGAAUUUGACUGUAUCUCCUGUACUGCUGGCAAGUAUUGUGAAGGUACAGGUCUAUCAGAGCCCACUGGAGACUGUUCAGCAGGCUGGUACUGUUCUGGAGGGGCGUGGAGCGCCCAGCCUUCUAUGUGGGUGAACUCUACCGAUGUUUACAACUUCAAUCUCACCUGCCCAGUUUACAGCCUUAACGACACUGGUGGUAUCUGUACUCCAGGCACCUAUUGUCCGACCGGAUCAUCCCAGAAACAGGAAUGCUCCCUUGGAAUGUACUGCGAGUCUUACGGGCUGGCAACACCAACUGGAGAAUGCUACGCUGGAUUCUUCUGUAAUGGAAGUGCUAGUACACCAAACCCAGUUCCGUGUGACAUGGGACACUACUGUCCGAACGGAACAACUGUACAGAUAGCAUGUGCCCCAGGGACCUAUUCAGACCGUCAACAAAAUGUAAAUGAAACCGACUGCCUGCCAUGUACUGCGGGUAAAUACUGUCAGCAGUACGGCUUGGCCACACCCACUGGAGAUUGUGAUGCAGGCUACUUCUGUCCCGAAGGACAGGACUCCGUGCGCCCUACCACCCUCGCCUGCAGCCCCGGACACUUCUGCCCCCAGGGGAGCUGGAACGAGACUGGCUGUCCAUCCGGCUAUUACCAGCCUCACUGGAAACAAAGCACCUGUGAUAUAUGUCCUGCUGGAUCAUACUGCAAAGCAUUUGGGGAUUAUGAAGACUUGGAUGCCAAUGUUACUGGUACCGCUAACUACACCGACCGCUACAGGAGUUACCGUGGAGUAUCCGUACCGACAGCCUGUCCAGUAGGGUCAUAUUGUCCAGAUGGCACCAAGGAGGAAAGAGAAUUCCUAUGUCCAGCUGGGACAUACAGCAACACUACAAGUCUGAACAGUGUUGGACAGUGUAAACCCUGUAACGCUGGCAGCUACUGUGGUGGACAAGGUAACACGGAGCCAACAGCAGUGUGUGCCCCUGGUCAUCUCUGCACACUGUCUGCCUACAAUGCCACACCGGCCGACGGUACUACAGGAGACAUCUGUCCUGCUGGACGAUACUGUCUGUCCGGCAGUAUCACCGGCAGUGGCUGUCCAAUCGGCACCUUCAGUAAUGUCCAGGGACUGGUCAACAGCAGCGAAUGUCAGGCUUGUACUCAAGGACACUACUGUGGCCAAACAGGACUGACCGCUGUGUCGGGCACCUGCUGGGCAGGUCAUUUCUGCUCUCUGGCAUCAACUGAAGCAGCCCCUGUAGCCCAGAGCUAUGGAGAUGUAUGUCCUGCUGGGCAUUACUGUCCGAAUGGUACCUACGAUCCAUUCCAAUGUCCGUCAGGUACUUACCUGGAUGUGACUGGAAUGGGAGACAUCAGUGACUGUAUCAGCUGUAGCCCAGGGUUUUACUGUGAGAGUAUUGGGAAGACCAAUGUGACUGAUGUAUGUAUGGCGGGAUACUACUGUACUCUUGGAGCAAACACCAGUUCUCCAACAGAUGGCACCACUGGUGAUAUUUGUCCAGAGGGCCAUUUCUGUGAAAGUGGGUCCACCAAACCAGAGCCUUGUGGAAAUGGUACAUACAUGAACCACACUGGGGCCUCAGCCUGCUAUGUCUGCCCUGCAGGCUAUUACUGUGUAAACAGGGAUCGUGCCGAUAUCUGUACUCAGGGUUACUACUGUCCUGAAGGAACUGGAGCAGACCUACAACCUUGUCCCACUGGGACCUUCGGAAAUACAUCCGGACUGACACAGGAACCAGAAUGCACACAAUGUACAGGUGGUUAUUACUGUGGUACCCCAGGCUCGCCUGAGCCAGACGGAGGCUGUAUGUCUGGUUACUAUUGUGAGUAUGGAGUAGACACAUCCAAUCCGUCCUCGUCAGUCAGCCACAAAGGUGUAGGACAGGAAUGUCCGGCAGGUUCCUACUGUCCAAAGGGUUCACCUCGACCAAUCGCAUGUCCAGCUGGAACAUACACCAGUGUCACAGCAAAGGGGUCAUGUGAUCAAUGUACACAGGGCUACUACUGUCUAGAAAACACAACCAUCCCAACAGACUUUGCAUGUCCAGUUGGUCAUUACUGUCCAGCGGGUACCGAGUACAGCACUCAGUACCCAUGUUCCGCGGGGACGUACAAUCCACUUUCCACCCAGUAUGACAUGUCAUCCUGUCUCACCUGUCCACCGGGUCAGUACUGCUACGGACCCGGACUCAGUGCCCCAACUGGAAACUGCAGUGCAGGCUGGUUCUGUUCUGGAGGGUCCACAGAGUCUAAACCUGUUGUUCUUGGCAACUUCAGUUCAAUUGACAUGUGUAUGUGUCCGGAGUUCAACUACACUGGAGGGAGGUGUCAGCCAGGAACAUACUGUCCUGAGGGGUCCUCAGCACCGAUCUCUUGUACCGCAGGCUGGUACUGCGAUGACUUUGAACUGGCAACACCCAAAGGGCAAUGUGACCCCGGAUUCUUUUGUCCUAUGGGCCAGACUGAGGCAAACCCAGCCUCAUUUGUGUGUCUGCCGGGUUACUAUUGUGAACAGGGGUCACCUACCUCUACAGCCUGUCCAACAGGAACCUUCUCCAACUCCAGUGGUAACACCAACAUUACAGACUGUAAAGCAUGCACACCUGGCUUCUACUGUGACAGCCCCGGGUUAAUUGAAGAAAACGGCCAGUGUGACGGAGGCUUCUACUGUCCAGAGGGACAAACAACAGCGACACCUGUAGCCUACGCAUGUCCUAUGGGAGAUUACUGUCCUCAGGGAAGCCCUACUCCUGUGGUCUGUGAGAGAGGUUCCUAUAACUACCUAACGGGACAGGCGACAUGCCUGCCUUGUCCUUCAAGGUUCUACUGUGAUCCCAUUGAGCUUGGUAAUGUGACCGGAAUCAUCAACCCUGUCAAUUGUCCGAAAGGCUACUUCUGUCCAACCAGCACGGAGUACAACUACCAGAACCCAUGUCCAUCAGGGACCUACAGCAACUUCGAUUUACUGGCAUCAUCUACCGAAUGUUCUCCCUGUGAUCCUGGUAAAUACUGUCAGACACCAGGCCUGACUGCCUUUGAGGGACCUUGUAGUGCUGGCUACAUAUGUAGUUUAGGGGCCAACAGCUCUACACCAACUGAUGGGACAACAGGCAAGCCCUGUCCAGAAGGCCAGUACUGCCCCGAGGGAUCCAGCACAGGAAGUCUUUGUCCACAAGGAACAUUCAACAACGGUACGGGACUGAGAUACGCAAAUGAAUGUAUCCCAUGUGAUCCUGGCUACUACUGCCCUAAUGACGGUCUCGUUAACCCAUGGGACCAGUGUACAGAGGGUUAUUUCUGUGUCAGUGGAUCUACAGAGCCAACACCAGUCGGUCAGUCAUACGGAUAUGUGUGUCCAUCUGGACAUUACUGUCCGCGUGGUACCCCGUACCCCGUGGAGUGCCCUAGAGGAACAUACCAACCAUCAACUGGCCGUAUAGCACUGGCGGACUGUGUGGACUGUACAGGCGGGAAAUACUGUCUGGAGUCUGGUAAUGAUACAACCACAGGCGACUGUUGGGCAGGAUACUACUGUACUCUGGCGGCCAUGGACCCCAAUCCCACUGAUGGAACAACAGGUGACAUUUGUCCUAUUGGGAACUAUUGUCCAAUAGGAUCAACAGCGCCACAACCAUGUGCCACAGCAACUUACAUGAACCACACUGGCGCAGGAUCUUGCUAUCCUUGUCCGGAAGGCUUCUAUUGUACAUCUGGAGAUCGUGCUGAUCCCUGUCCCCAGGGAUCAUACUGUCCUGCUGGUACAGGCAGUAACACCAUCCCUUGUCCUAUAGGUACAUAUGGGUCAACAAUUGGACUGGCCAAUGAAACAGAAUGUACACAGUGUGUAGGCGGGACCUACUGUGACGUAGCUGGACUUACCGCACCCGCAGGCGGGUGUUCUGCUGGCUAUUACUGUGUAUCAGGUGUGAGUAUAGCCACUCCCAACAGUGGAGUGUCCUUUAUCGGGACAGGUGGACAGUGUCCAGCUGGCUACGAGUGUCCUCUCAACUCAACAUAUGCCGUUCCCUGCGGGCCAGGGAAAUAUGCACCUACAGUUGGCUUAAGUAGCUGUUCUGACUGUACACAAGGAUAUUACUGUGUGAAUGCCACCAUUACACCAACAAUAUGUCCUGUUGGUUUCUACUGUCCUGUCGGUACAGAAUUUGACAUGCAAUACCCUUGUCCACCUGGCACCUACAAUAACCUUACAGGAGCAACAUCAGAAUCUGACUGUCUGGACUGUCCCCCGGGGCAGUAUUGUGAGGGCGUGGCUAAUGUAUACCCUGAUGGAUGGUGCGAGUCUGGAUUUUACUGUGGGGGCAGGUCCCCCUCCAGUCGCCCCUAUGACACAGGAGCCCUCAAUACCAGUACUGGAACCCUCAAUGACCUGUACUCGAACGACACCUGUGCACCCCUGUGGGAUUGUACCUGUUCAAACUUCACAAUGUCGACUGGUGGAAUCUGUCCUUCUGGAUACUACUGUCCAGUAGGCUCGGCUAAACCUGUUCCUUGUGAUGGUGGCCAGUACUGCGAAACAGCUGGACUGACAGUACCUACAGGUAACUGUACCGCUGGCUGGUACUGUGAUGACCUAAGCACCGUUCCUACUCAGAAGAUUUGUCCCGACGGCCACUACUGUGUAGAGGGCACCGAGACACCCACACCCUGUCCCGCGGGCACAUUUGCAAACUCCACCAACCGGGCCGCCCUUGAUGAAUGUGACAAUUGUACAGCUGGCAUGUACUGUCAAGGCUCGGGCAAUGUUGUACCGGACGGUAACUGUUCACCUGGUUACUAUUGUCCGGGGGGUCAGAGCAGUAACACCCCGUCAGUCUAUGUGUGUCCCCAGGGCCACUUCUGUGUGGAGGCAUCGACCAACCCAGACAUUUGUCCUAACGGCACCUACCAGUUCAACACCGGCGAGUGGACUUGUGAUGUCUGUCCACCUGGAUUUUACUGCGAUCCUCUAGGAGGAAACUAUUCAUGCUCCAGCGGCGUACCAGUUGUCUCCCCUUCACCGUGUCCAGUAGGAUAUUACUGUCCUGAAGGUACAAUAGCUGCCCAGACAUUCCCCUGUCCAGCAGGAAGCUUCGGACCUAACCAGUACCUCAGCGCAAUAGAAAACUGCACAUCCUGUACCGCUGGCUGGUACUGUGACCAAGCAGGAUUGUCUACCCCUGUUGCUGAGUGCUGGGGAGGAUUCUAUUGUACGGGUGGCUCUGAUUCACGAUCACCUGUUGAUCAUCUGGUGAACCAAACUCACAAUGUGACCUUCACUGGAAAUGACCAGUGUCCAACUGGCUAUUUCUGUCCCAAUGGAACAACCUACCCUGUCCCAUGUCCUCUUGGAACCUUCUCCACACGGAUACAGAUGAGCUCUGAAAGCGAAUGUGAGCCAUGUCUAGCCGGUCGCUACUGUAACCAGGCUGCCUUCACUAAGGUCACGGAAGCACUCAACUGUAGCGCAGGGUAUAUCUGUACAGGAGGUGCCUCUCAGUCUGUUCCCAAUGCAACUGAGGGCUAUGUUUGUCCACAAGGCCACUUCUGUAUCUCGGGGGCACUAGUGGAGGAAGGAUGUGCCAUAGGCACCUACCAACCCAAUAUAGGACAGGAUUCCUGUCUCACGUGCCCUGUCAACAAGAUGUGUCUCUAUGCCAACAUGUCAACUCCAGAGGACUGCAAGACAGGCUACUACUGUGAAGCAGGUACACCACCAAUACCAUGCCCGACUGGUACAUACAACAACCUAACAGGAAUGGGACAGGUGUCUGAUUGUACAGACUGUCCGGUCGGCAAGUACUGCCUUGGCCUAGGAAACAGUGUUCCCACAGGUGACUGUGAUGCAGGCUACUUCUGCCAGGGUGGCGCCUUUGAUAGGUAUGCUAAUGCUUCUGCAGCCUACCCAGAUAGCGGACUGUGUCCCGUGGGUCAUUACUGUCCAGCUGGAACAUCCAUACGGGAACCUUGUCCGGCAGGAACUAUCCGAAACUUCACAGGUGCUGGGAGCCCCGAUGAUUGUCUGCCUUGUACAGGCGGUUACUACUGUGCUAACCCAGGCCAGACGGAGGCCACUACAAAGUGUUCAGCAGGUUAUUACUGUCCGGCCAACGACUCGACAGUUCAGGCCUCUCCCACCGAGUUUAUCUGUCCAGCUGGUUACUACUGUCUCGAGGGAUCAGUUGCCCCCAUUCCCUGUCCAGGAGGUCAAUACCAGGACAAUGUUGGUCAGUCUUCCUGUGUUGACUGCCCAGAGGGUUACUACUGUGUUGGGUCACUUAAUCCGGAGAAAAAGGUCUGCGAGCCCUACAGCUACUGUCCAGCUGGAAGUCAGUAUCCUACGACAUGUGCUAAUGGAACCUUCACCUACGCCAACAUGACCGGUCUGAAAACACAGUCUGAUUGUCUCCCCUGUCUGGCUGGUAACUACUGCAGGAAUGGCCAGUUGUACGAAGUCUGUGCCUCAGGAUAUUUCUGUAAAUCAGGUUCUAGGGAUGACAUGCCCACCGUUGUCACCAAUUUUACCUGUAGUGCUAAUGAUGAGUGUGCUGGUCUAUGUCCAAGUGGUUACUACUGUCCAAUCGGAAUAACAGAACCAAUACCCUGUCCAAAGGACACGUACCGCGGCAGUCCUGGAGGAGCUGCGUUGUCAGAUUGUGACAAAUGUCCGGCAGGAUUCCUGUGUAAUGAAGGAACUGCGGUCCCUGUAGAAUGUCCGGCAGGGUACUAUUGUCCUGAAGGGAACCAGACAGAGCCAUGUCCAUACCUGACAUAUCGGAAUGACACGGGGGCAGCUGUUGUCACUGACUGUUACCCGUGUCCUGCUGGAUACUUCUGUAACCAGACAGGUAUGGCCGACUAUAUUGACUACCCUUGUAUGGAAGGCUACUAUUGUCUGGAAGGUCAGGAGCCUUCACUCUGUCCCGCUGGUAGAAUGCAGAACGGCACUGGAGCUGCUGCCUACACUGACUGCCAGCUAUGUCGACCAGGGUACUACUGUCCAAAUGACACCAUUAACACCCAGGGAAUCCCCUGCCAGCCCAGGUAUGAGUGUCCAGAAGGCUCCUCUUUAGAGGAGUUGUGUAGGCCUGGGCACUAUUGUAAUGCCACUACUGGAACGCCACCUAUCUGUCCUGCUGGGUACUACUGCUUCUAUGGCACAGAUGUUCCAACGGAAUGCGUAUUUCCUGAUUACUGUCCGGAAGGAAGUAACAUGACCUUGGGUUGUGACCUUGGAUACCGUGCAAUAACCCAUGCUGGAAUAAGAUUUGACAAAACUCAGUCCUGUGACAUCUGCCCUGCAGGAACAUACAACAACCAAACAGGCAGUGGAGAGUGCCUUCUGUGUCCUCCAGGUUACUGGUGUCCUGAAGGUACCGGCCAUGGAGACACCAAUCCUUGUACAGCUGGAUAUUACUGUCCGCAGGGAUCCCACGAACAAACGCCCUGCCCAUUAGGAACUUACGGCACUGCAGUAAAGGCUAGUAGCUCGGGUAGUUGCACCAGGUGUGCGGAUGACUCCUUCAGUAAUAUAGUGGCCUCACAGCAAUGUAAACUCUGUGGUAGUAAUGCUAAAUCAAGUGAUGACCGAACGUCCUGUGACUGUAUUGGUAGGUACCGAGAUUUCCAGGAGUCCACAGGUUCCUGUGUGUGUUUUUCUGGUUUUCUGUACUAUGACGACGUCAAUAGACUACAGUAUGAUGGAGACAGUGACACCGACUGUCAGAGAAUCUCCGACGAGAUCUGUGCUUUGUCUGAAUCCAGGCACAGUUUAACUCGUGCAUGUGUCUCUACCACGACUGUGAACUGUGACUCCACUUGUGAUGCAUCUGGUACAGGACCAGCCUUCUUUGAUACAGAAUUUGGCAUAUGCCAAUGUUCAACCUACCAGGAUCCAGAUAGUAUUUGUGACAGUGUUUGCCGUGCAAAUAACAUGCCAACGAUAACCAUAGAGGUAUCACCGAGUACAGGACAGAUCAGUGUGGUGACAACAGACCCAGUCACAGGCAGUAGCACUGCACAGGUAAUGACAAAUACUCUCGGCCCUGUGUCUGGUACCAGUGGAGCCAAAUCUUCAGUUUUCGUAAAUUUCUGGGAUUCCGGUGUUACAGGUUCACUGUACGCCUCGGCUAGUGAUGCUAAUGCUGCUAUUGGAGUGUCAUUGGCAACACUUGGAGGAGCUUCAGGAAGACGGAGGCGUCUCCUAGCAGCCACUGUACCCUCAAACCAGAUCUACAACCCUGCUUUAUGUAUAGAGCUGAACGAGAUGGUUGUGUUCAAUAUAUGGCUGAACUCCACAGAUCGAACGAAGAGCCACUAUCCAGUCUACCUACCCAACAGUCUAUUCUCGUCCAACUCCAACUUUGAUUAUGGGGCGUUUACUGAGCUUAAAACCAAGAUUGAAACAACAACUCUAGUGAUCAAUUCCUUCCUGCAUGUGUUUAUCGAGGCUGGCACCUAUGUAUUCCAGGACGCACAAGACGCUAACAGUUUGGUUUACAUCAGUGUCAUGCCUACUGGAACAACAUGUGACCCCUCCACAUCACGAAUAGUUAGUGCCACAUCAGCAAAUUUGGCUGCUCUUGGCUUCUACAAAUCUGAUCCAGAAAACCUGGCUCCAGACUGGGGACUUAUCAAAGGAAUGAUUGUGUUCUUCGCCAUCCUGGUUCUGCUUCUGGUGGUGGCAGUCAUUGUGUGGCGCCCAAGGGAGGCUGGCAUAUAUCCCAUGAAACAUUGGAAGCCUGCAUAUCGCAGUCUGGGAGAGCCACCUCCAGUACCACAGUUCAUGAGAUACGACUCGGACCACUGGCCCAACAAGGAAGGAAUGGAAAACGGUGCUCUGGAGAUGAGAAGCUCGGGAGACGGAGCAGAGACAGAUAUUCUUGUUUCCAUGGGCGUUAAGGGAGAAGAGGACUUAGAGAAUUUCAAUGUCCGUGUUUUCUAUGACAAACUGGAAGAUCAAAACCUUCACCUGGCCUCACAGUUGGCACGACAACAAGAGGACCUCCGGGGCUUCUACGAGAAAAUCUGUGCACAGAAUGAGGAACUGAAGAACCUUCUGCAAAAUAUGGAUCCUGCUCAAUUGGAAGCUUUAGAGGCCCGAAUGGCAGCUCGUGGCCAGCAGGCUGGUCUAACGGGUGCUGGGGACACCAUUAACAUAACCGCCACUGGAGGGCAAAACAAAUACAAAUUUGCAGGUGGAAAUAACCGUGAAGCUGAACUGAUGGCUGCCUUACAACUCUUGCUGGACAAGUUGAACUCAGGCAGUCUCCCUAUCAACCAGCAGAGCUGGGACCAGCUACAGAAGGGAGGAACUACUGCCACAGGUGGUACAAUGUAUACAACCAAUAUAGAUGUGGGAGGCUUCACUGGUGGCACAGGCAAACAGGCCGAGUUACUAAGGAGACAGAACGGUGAGCGUUUACAACUGGAACGUGACCUCGACCAGGAAGAGAGAGAUGCCAUUAACAAACUUUUGACAACAGAGGAAGAUAAACGCAAAGACACUGUUGACCACAAGCUUGGAGGACUGGUCAACCGUCUGCAAGGCGACAUGAAUCAAAAGCAGGUGAAUGACAUUCUUUCUAACUACGGAAAGGAUUAUGAGAGCAGUAUGAACAAACAUAUGACUGACAAAGAACGCCAGGCCUAUGACCUCCGAAGGAGACUUGAGGAAAAGAGAAGGAGGAAAGAAGCCCAAUUGAGGGACAAACACUCCAAGGAAGCAGAAGAAAAUGGACUUCCUUCACCUGUUGAAGGCGAUGCUGGUCACGCCGAUAAAAAAUUGCGCCGCUGGGAGGCGCUACUCAAUACUCUGCAGGCAGAGAAGGCUGCUGGUUCAGCCAAAUCGGAGACUGACCUUGAUGUUAACAUAAAUGAGGAGGAACGAAAACAGAUGGACAACAAACUCCAAGAGGAACUGAACAGGAUGACGCAGGACGGAAUCUUGUCGGCGAAGCAACAGGAAGAACUUCUCAGGAACCACAUGGAAAGUGAGAAGAAACUGGCUCGUCACCAUGACAAUCAACGCAAACAACAAAUUUCAGCCCUGCAGGACAGGAUCGCUGAAAGACGUAAAAAGAGACUCGGCAAGCUGCAGGAUCAGCAUGAAGCCGAGCUCAGUGAGUUAUCUGCCAAGCUUAUAGAGCAAGGUCAAACAGAUGACCUCGAGAGGGAGCUGGAAUACCUCAAGCAGCUACAUCUGCAGGAAACAGAGGCUGCUGAGGCAGAGAUGGAUGCUGAGGAGAAAGAGCACAUCCAUCGCAUCAACAAAAACCUGGAAGAGGAACAUACUCAAGGGACUAAGCAAAAACACAGGGAUAUACUCAAACAGGUGAACCAGAUGUGUCCAGAGGCCAAACAGAUGGCAUUACAACAUGUGAUGGAGGACUACCGACAAAACAUGGAGUCUCUUGACCAGGAGCUGUCUCUUGAGCGACAGAGACAUCUGAGCGACACACAGGCUAAGUUAGAAGCCAGACGAGCCCGCCGAUUAGCUGAGGCCCAGCGUCGUAUGGAGGAAGAAGAGGCUCAGCGUAUCAUCCAGGAGCAAAACAGACAAAUGAGGCAAGGUGGUGAUGGUGCUGGAGGUGUGGCAAUGCCUGACCUUGCUCACGUACCAAAAGUCAACUACGGUGACAAUGUGGAGGAGAACGCUCUUAGAAAAGAACAGGAAAGAGCCAAGGAAGAAUUGAAGAAACGCCACAAACAGGACAGAGAAAAAUUGGCUGAGAAGCUUGGUACAGAAGAUGGUCAUCAGGAGAAAGAUGCAAGAAAAGAGCUGGACUCUGAAACUGAGAAAAUCUUGCGAGAGAAGCGGAACAGACAGGCUGCUGAAUUGGCUGCCCGCACUGACCUGUCUGAUGACCAAAUUAAGGCAAUGAUGGCUGCCCAUGAACAAGAAUUAGAAGACCUCCGGGAAAAACUGGAAAAUGACCGAAAUAGACAACUUCUUACCAUGCGUGAGAGACUCAACAAUCGGCGACGACGAAAGAUGGAUGAACUCCGAAGGAAACAGGAAGUAGAAUUAACCAAAGAGAUGAUCGAACAGAAGAAGGAUCUGGACGAUGUUCACCUCAAACAGGCUAAAGGUGUAGAACAUAAGGCUAUAGAGGAGGGCAUUAAACAGAACGGCGAGGAUGAUAGUGACAAGGUGGUGCGGGCUGUUCUGGCAAACAGACAUGCACAGGAAAUGAAAGACUUGGAGAAACAAUACCAGACGGAAAAGAAGAUGAUGAUUGAUGAUGCCCUGAGUAAACUCCAUGAUAAAUACGACAAGACUCGGGAUGACAUGGCCAAACGUCACCAAAAUGAACUCGCUCAAUUACAGAAAAUGGGUCUGAGUCCUGAAGAACUCCAGUACCAGCGAACACAGCUGCUGAACAAACAACAGCUAGAGAUGUCCGACCUUGAGAGGAAGCUGGCGGAGGAAGAGCGGGAGAUAGAAAAGGGAGCACUCAGCGACUGGGAGGUUCGCUAUGCUCGCGCCAAACUCAACCUGAAGGAAAAACACUACAAGGAGUUUGCUGAAGCUCUGAAGCAGUUCUCGCCCGACCAUGAUGCCAUCAAGGAUGCAGAAGCCUCAAUCGAGGAACUUGAGAAGGUCAAGGAGGAGCUCAACAAUAAACGCAAGGAACACCAAGAUCUGCUCAAGAAGGAGAAGCAGGAUUUCGAGAAGAGUGAACAACGCCGUAUUGAAGCAGAAAUGGCACAUUUUGCAAAACAGCUGGAGGAAGAAACAAAUAAAGAAAAGGAAAAAUAUGAACGCAACAUUGAAACACUCGGCAAACGCAAAGAGGAUCUUAUCAGAGAACGCAAACAGAAGAUGAAGGAAGAGAUUGACAAACUGAAGCAGGAGGGUGGCACAGAGGAGGAACAGCGACGCCUCAUAGAGCAACACGAACGCGACCUUCAGAACAUCCUCAACAAGAUGGAGGGAGACAAGAUGCGCCAGCAGAGCAAUCUCCAGGAACGACUCAAAAAGCGACGGGAACAGAAGAUGAAAGCUAAAGAAGCUGAAAUCCGAAACAACAUGGACGAAAGUAAACGUGACCUUGAACAGCGCCAGAGGAGCGAGACCAACAGGAUCAAGGCAGAUGAGGCACUAACGAUACAGGAGAGUAUGAACAUUGAUCAGACUAUGCCCAUGACCCGUCCCAGUACAGUGGGUAAGGCAGCUAGCAGGCCUUCCUCUCCCAUAGUGGCACGGGAAGUACUAGUAACCACGGCACCCAUGCCUCAGUCCUACCAGAUGGCAGCACCUCUGAAUGAGGCAGAGCUGAUGACGCUGCUGAUGGCAUCACCAAUGUAUCAGAAAUUGGAACAGAUCAAGAAAUCUGUAGCAGAUGGCACCCACAAAUCACCUAAACACAAAAUGGAGGAAGGUGAAGGUUAUCAAGAUGCCAAGGAUGCCGAGUGGGGACAAGAUGGAGAACUCAAACCUGUUGACCUCAAUACCCUAAAUGCUCGUACAUUUAUAGUGUACAAGUUUGGUUGCUUCAUCACGCAGCUGGUGUCCUCACGGUGUCGUCAUGCCCCUGUGACUAUACUCCUUGCCAACAAGAUUCCUUCCAACAAACAGUUGUCGCGAAACCCAUUCAGGAACUCGUUCCACUACGAUGCUAAUAACAGGAUCUUGUAUGUGCGCACAGCAAGACUGGAGACUGUUGGUGACUUUGUUGUGGUACUGGUGCACACAUUAGCACACAUUAAAGCAGGUGACCUGAGAGAUGACAAUAACCCAGACUUUAUACGUGAGUACCACCGUGCCCUAGCAGUUGUCUGUGACGAUUUGUUCUUUGCCCGAUACCGCCGUUCCACGACCUUGACCCAGGCCCUCGCCCAUACCAAUAGUGGUGUGAAUGUAGAACAGGCCGCUCUACAGCUUCUCCAAGCCAUGUUUGGUGACUGCCGCACCGAGGAUGAGAAGGUACAAAUGGUUGAGGACCUCCUGGACGUCAAGCUCCUCCCUGGUACAAACCUGGAGGGUGUCCAUUUCAACAAAGACAGGAUACACGAGAGAUUAUCCAGGUAUUCCAGUUUUUCGUCUACAAGCAAGCUGCAGAAAAUGCUUGGAAGCAUGGAGGAUAAGAUCAAACAGGCCAAAGGUCAAGGUUCAAGCCGAGGUGUUGACCUCCAGCUGGCUUCUCUCAGUCAGAGAUAUUCGACAGCUGGUACAACUGUGCUGACAAGGUUACCUCCCUUCCGUUUCGUCACGGCUAACCUGACUGGACAGGCCCUGUGGGACACUUUCGCUAACAAUCAAGACAGCAAAGAUGAUACUCCUGUGGAAACGGCACCAGUCACAAAGGACACUCUGGAGUCGCUGCAGGACAAAUAUGACAAUUUAUGUGUCGACUUCUCGAAUGUCUCCCAUGACCUCGUUGAUCUCCAGGAAGAGGUCAAGGUCAUGGAAGAGGAACAAUCCAACAAACCCAAGUCUGCGAUGGCCAAGUCUGGAGAGAAUUUGUCUGAAAUGAAAUCUCGAGUGAUGAGAUUGGAGAUGGAAAAGAAUAAGCUUAACGACCAGAUGAAAGCUUGUACUAGAGAUAUAGAGCAGAGGAAGUGCGGGCCAACUCCUCAUGAAGCUGUGGCUGUGAAAUUCACCGACAGCCAACAGCCAAAAUCAAAAAAGAAAAAGUAGUGACAUUACCAGACUUAAGGACAUACAGUGACACCUUGUAUGGUGUACAUAUUGACACCUUGUAUGGUGUACAUAUUGACUGACACCUUGUAGGUGAGCCCCCACGGACAUGACCGCAAUUUUACUCUCCAUUUUCAUUGUUAUUGUUAUUAUGCUGAACUGAAAAAAUAAGAAUUUUUCACAUUGUUAUAUCAGAUCAUGAAUUUUUUUCUAUGGUAUUUAUGUUCAUAAUUGUUAGUAAACACUUAUAUCUAUAUAUAUAUGUCUGAUUUUAACACUUUAUAUGUAUAUAUAUAUCAAUAAGUAAACUACUCAUAAGUAUUAUUUCUCCAUACCGUCCAUCAUGAUGAUUACAUGAACAAUCAAAGGUGUAUACUACAUAACUUGACUACGAUCUGAAAUUGUCUUUUUUGACAUUAUGCAGAAUUUCCAAAAUAUGUACUAAUAUUUGUAGGUUGGCUGGCUUCAUAUUAUAAAUCAAAACAUCAAGUUUACAAAAUUUAUGUAGUGAUUAGCAGCAGACUUUUUCAUGUGAACUAUUUCAGCUGUAGGCAGUAGUCGUAGAAUCGCUGUACUGACUCUGAACAUCAUGAUUAAUCUAAUUAAUUUAAUGCUAAUUUUUUAUUCAUAUAUACCCAAUUAUUGGACACCUCAUUUAUUUUAUGAGAAGAUUAUUUUCAAAUUAUUAACAACUAUUUAUAAUUUUGUUUAAUCGGUAGCAGCAUUCCUCCCUAUCACCAUGGUUACCUGUGUAUUGUCCAUUCCGGAGAUUGUGGUCAGGAGAAAAGCAUUCUGUGAUACUUGACAAUGAGUUCGAAUGUAUUGAAAUUUUACAUUUUCUACAAUUUUAUACCUAUUUGUAUUUCAAGUUGCUACCUACAAGAUAUAUAUGUAAAAAAAAUCCUGAAUGUAAUCAAAUAAACAAUAUGCAAAUUGAUAUGAUUGUUGUAACUAUAUUUCUAUGUAUGUUAACAACUGAAAUUGUUAUAUAAAUUUUUGUCAUUUUUGUGUUUAAUUGAAUUUUAUUUAAAUAAUUUAUUUUCCCGUCCAAAUUGUGUAAAGAUGUAUGUAAUACAGAACCAAAAGUAACUGUAUUUAGUGUGUGUUUUUUUCACUUGUACUUUUAUGUUUUCAUUUAUUUAAAUAAAAAUGGUUAAUCCGUCCGAAUUUACCUGUAAACUUUUCUUAUACAUGUACGUGUAUGCUGUCAGAUGAGAUUGUGAUGAUUCCAUGGGAUCUUUUAUUUGAAAUGCUUGUGUUCCAUAAUUGAACACCAAUUCAAAAGAAUUUGUUUUCAAGAAAAUUAUGUACAUUAACUAUUUUUAAACUUUAAGGCUGUAAUAAAAUAAUUCUGUGUUGUGCAUAUCAUAUUAUGUUUGAUGGGGGGGGGGGGGGGGGGGGGGGGUUCUGUGUACAUAUAUCUAAGGGGAAAGGGGUAUUGUCUAUAUGAAAUUCGGUAUGUCAUUAUUUUUCCUGUACCCAAGAAAUUUAGAUGUUAGAUGUUUAUAGUUUACAACGAAGAAAAGUUAUACCAAGAUACCAAGAAAAAUCUAGCACACAGGAUUAUGAGUUGUCUGUGUAUAGAUAUGUACCAUUUUACAUACCUGUGCAUACCUGUGUGAUUCUCGUUUGCACCUGUUACAAUUUUCGGACACAGAGACACCCGAUUACUUUGUUUUUGUUUGUUUAUUAGCUAGAUAUGCCAUUUUGACUAUUUUACUCCCACUUCUUAUCUCACUAACUGUGCAAUAAAAAUAUGUGCAAAACUAUGGAACACUGCAUUGAAGUUAACUUUGGGAUCAGCCCACCUCAAUCCCUUCUUCCAACAAAAUUGUAUGUCAGAUAACACUGUAUAAUGACUUAUUUAUAUUAUCAAAAACAGUGCCUCAGCUUACCAAUGAUCAUAAAGGAUGUAUACUAAAGGUUUUAUGAAGGAAUGUUUUCUUAGUGACUGGAAGUUUUGGAUAUCCAAUAUUAAUCGAGGUUUUUUUUUUUCAUCUAGCAGAAUUAACAUUAAGGGAAUGUCCUCACAAAUAGAAUUUCUGUAAACUCAUUCUGUAAACUCCUGAUUCUUUUGACAAUUGGGAGUUUAAUAAUUCCUUAACAAAAUUGGGUUUUUUUUAAACUGUUCAGAAGAUCAUUUGGCCAGUCAAUACUUUUAUGUAAUGAGAUUGUCUCGUAACCCUGAUGGAAUCAUAACUAUUUAUAUAGUUCUACAAUAGCAGCUUUACAAGGUCAAGGUCAUCAGAAAGUUGAGUACCAGGUAUUGGGAGCCUUCACUGUAGUGUUCAAAUUAUUCCUGUAAUGUUGUUCACUUGAUCAUGUAUACAAUUUUGAUAUGACACUAUUGCAUUCCAAAGAUUCCUUUAAUGCAGUGUUCCAAACCUGAUGUCUUCUGAUGUACAGCUUAAUUAUUUUAACCUUUCACAAUUUGUUUACAUAACUUCACUGUACAAGUUAUGAUGCAUACACAGGGACAACUCAUUUCACUCUAACAUUCCUUAUUUAGUUGUUGUUAGUUGAAAACAGUUCACCUUGUUUCAUACGUUAAAUAGAUUCAAUAAAAUAAAUAUUUUUGCAUCAAU